GUUCGGGUGAGAUAAACCUCCACUUUGGAGAUCAAGGAGAGUGGUAUGCAUCGAUACGAGGACAUUUUUACAUACACACUCUCUCAGCUCUUCGUCACGCAAAUCGUUGAAGAAGUCCUUGCAACGAUGGCAAGAUCAAACGUGGAAGAUUAUGGGGUCGAGGUCGCCUCGAAGCAAGAUGACAAGGUCGAUGCGGCUCGAUACGAUGACCCAGCGUCGAUUGUGGAUGAAAAGCAUUCAGCGGAUAGCAGACAUGAGAUCGGUCUGGAUCUGUAUCAAGAGGGAUAUGGAGUUGACACACACGGUCUAGAGGCGAGAAAAGUGCUGAAGAAGAUCGAUUGGUGGAUCUUGCCCAUCUUUUGCGCCCUUCAAGGAUUCAGCUUUCUGGACAAGACCGCUUUAAACUUUGGUAAUCUCUGGGGCAUGAAAAAAUCGUUGCAUGUCGAUUCCGCGCAAUAUAGUUGGUUCGCCUCGGGAUUUUAUCUCAGCUACUUGGUUUGUACUUAUCCAAUGACGCUUGUGCUGCAAAAGUACCACACCGGUAAAGUCCUCGGCGCACUGGCAUUUGUCUGGGGGAUAGUCUGCGCUUGUAUGGCUGUGUGUCACAAUUUCUCAGGAGCCCUCAUGACGAGGAUCAUCCUCGGUGCUCUAGAAUGCGCUGUGACACCGGGAUUGGGUCUCAUGACGCCCAUCUGGUGGACGUUGGCCGAACAACCAGUUCGACUGAUGACCUGGUACUCGAUGAACGGAUGGUUUGAUAUUGUCGGCAGUUUCAUCUCAUAUGGGCUAGGUCACGUCACCGAAACCACAGUCAGGACCUGGCAGUUGAUUUUCAUCAUUUUUGGGUCUCUGACAUCGUUCCUUGGAAUCUACAUGUUCUUCUACCUGCCUGAUUCUCCUGUCACCGCAAAAUUCCUGUCCCAUGAUCAAAAGGUCUUGGCGGUCAAGCGGGUCUCAGAGAACAGGACGGGAGUCAAGAACACGGCUUUCAAGAGACAUCAAUUCGUAGAGGCGUUCAAGGAUCCAAAGAUGUACUUGCUAUUUCUCGCCAGCAUCUCGGCGCAGAUCCCAAAUGGCGUCGUCACCAAUUUUGGCAGUAUCAUCAUUAAAUCAUUUGGCUUCAACAAUCUCCAGACCACUCUUCUGGGCAUCCCAGACGACGCGGUCCAAAUCAUCUCGCUGAUUGGAUCCGGUUGGGUCGCUUCGCGGUGGAAGAACACGAGAGCCAUCAUGAUGUUCAUUGGGAAUGCCACCUGUAUCGUCGGCACCGCGGUGGUCACUUAUGCUCCGAAAGAUCAGCGGAUCCUUCGUCUAAUCUUCUACUACCUGCAUUCCUUCCAGUCAGUUGGAUUCGCCAUGGGUCUCGUUAUGAUCUCUGCGAACGUUGCGGGCGAGACCAAGCGAAGAACAAUUCAGGGAACCACAUUCAUCGGCUAUUGUAUCGGAAACAUUGCAGGACCCCAUGUCCUCCUCGACAGAGAAGCCAAGGAAGGCUAUCCCACCGCCACAAAAGCCAUGAUGGGUGGGUAUUCGGCAAAGACCUUUUUCCACCUCUGUCUUGGAUUAUACAUGUGGUACUGGAACAAACGAUGGGAUAGAGAAGCUCGCGAGAGAGGAGAGAUCAUGUCGAAUGAGGAGAGAUUGCGGCGUGCUGAAGAAGUCGGGAUGCGUGACGCGACCGAGUUUGAGAACCCAUACUUCCGAUAUGCGUUGUAAAUCCAAGUUAUAUCGUUGACAUGACUUAUAGAAGACUCGGGGGUGUGAGGAUGUGACAGU